AUGCCGCGCAUUUCACCCCACUUUCUCUGCCCCGCGCUUCUACAAGACGCCCUGAGAUAUACUUUUGCCUGCCGCAAACUCACCCCCACACCCCUCCGUAUACGGAUUUUUACUUCACCCCGCCGCCGGCUCUGCACACAGGCUUCGUGUUUGUUUGACAACGAAAUGGGCAAGGAAGACAAGAGCAAGAGCUUCAACCUCAAGGUGCCCAAGGGCACGCGCGAUUGGACCGGCGAGGAUGCUGCCCUCCGCGAUCGCCUUUUCGACACGGUGACCAACGUCUUCAAGCGCCACGGAGCGACGACACUCGACACACCCGUCUUUGAGCUCAAGGAGAUUCUCAGCGGCAAAUACGGAGAAGACUCAAAACUCAUAUACGACCUGCAAGAUCAGGGCGGUGAGCUUUGCUCAUUGCGCUACGACCUGACUGUUCCCCUCGCACGAUGGCUCGCCAUGAACCCCAGUGUGCAGAGCUUCAAGCGAUACCAGAUUGCCAAGGUGUACCGCCGCGACCAACCGGCCAUGACCAAGGGCCGCAUGCGAGAGUUUUACCAGUGCGAUUUUGACAUUGCAGGCUCGUACGAUGCCAUGAUCCCCGAUGCCGAGGUGCUUAAGAUUGCAACCGACGUCUUUGACGCGCUCGAGUGGGACACAUAUACGAUCAAGAUCAACCACAGGAAGAUUCUCGACGGCAUAUUCAAGGCUGCCGGUGUAAAGGAAGAGCUGAUACGCCCAAUCAGCUCAGCGGUUGACAAGCUGGACAAGAUGCCGUGGGAUGAAGUCAAAAAAGAAAUGGAGACCAAGGGCCUGGAAGCAGAUGUUGCAGACAAGAUUGGCGAGUGGGUGCAACGCAAAGGCGGCGACGACAUUAUCGACUAUCUCAAGACCAACGAAGCGCUUUCAAAGUCGGAAGAUGUCCGCCAGGGUGUCGAAGAGAUGGAGCUACUGUUUGCAUACCUGGAUGCUUUUGGCGCACGCAAGAGGAUAUCGUUUGAUCUCUCACUUGCAAGAGGCCUCGACUACUACACGGGCCUAAUCUACGAGGUGGUUACCGAGGGCUCAGCCCCGCGCGGACAAGGGAAACAGCAAGAGAUUGGCGUGGGAAGUGUAGCUGCGGGUGGUCGCUACGAUCAGUUGGUGGGCAUGUUUAGUGGCAAGCCUAUUCCCUGCGUGGGCAUUUCUUUUGGCAUCGAUCGAAUCAUCAGCAUCAUGAAAGCGCGCGGUCAAUCGACACAGCGCGCCAAGGACGUGGAUGCCUUUGUCAUGGCAUUUGGCGGCAAAGGCUUCAAUGGCAUGCUGACGGAGCGCAUGCAAGUCGCACAAGAGCUUUGGGCUGCAGGCAUCAAGGCCGAGUUUUCAUACAAGCUGAAGCCAAAGGUGCAGCAGCAAUUCAAGCAGGCCGAAGUGGCGGGCGUGCCGCUUGCCAUUAUCCUUGGCGAGGAUGAGCUCAAGGAGGGCAAGGUCAAGGUCAAGGUGCUGGGCAUCAAGGACGAGAGCAACUGCCUGACCAUGUUUUUCUCCCAAUUGACACACUAG